AUGUUCGUGAAACUCGUGCAGUCAUCCGUGGUCUGGGCCUUGGGAGUUCCGGAGCCUUCAGUGGACAAUGCCAGUCACGCGAGGACACAAAGCGCCACGCUUGUUGUUUGGCUUCUUGGGCUGCGGACUCACCUUGCAUGGUUCUCGCCGGAGAUGUAUGUCUGUAUCCGCACUGUCGCCAAAUGCUGGCAGCAAGCCAAAUGGGGGGGAGCCUGGGAUGUCUUGUUCCUGAUUCAAGUUCGGAGCUUGUUUGGUCAUAUUUGCAGGGGCCAUACAAAUGAAGUGGCUCAAACGCUUGUCUUCGCAGUCUGUCACGCAGAUGCCAUGCGAGGGGGGGUUCGGCGUCGCACUGGCACAGACUACACCAUGUGUUUUCGGUGCAAGCAGUUCCUGCAGAGCCAAUACCUGGACCUGAGCACAGCGGCAAGCAUGAGUAAGGAGGAGUGGGGAGGCUUUACGGAUCGAUGGCUGGCUUGGAAUGGCAGUUCUAGGCACGCUGUGGAGCGGAAUGUCUGGGCCACAGCAGUUGAUUUCAUGUCUUGGCAUCGGCGGUGCAUUCAAGGCUGCUUGUUUGGUUCACAAACUUUCUUCUUGUUCUUGAGCGACGCCACUUUGACGUUGAAGACACUUCAUCGGCGGGAUGGCUGGCAGCAAUGGGAGUUCCAGUGUCCGGAGCCGGUCAGCCAUCAGAGUGUGUGGGAGACUUGUGACGCUUCAUGGCUGCAGGUGCUGUGUGCCAGGACAGUCCAUGUCCGUUUGUACACGGUGAAAAUGUCAGGGAUGGGAGUCCACACGCUCUGCCUGCGUUGUGGAGUGAACGGAACGUGGUGGUACAUGAGAUGUCUUCUAGGGGUUGCUGCACGGUCAAAGCCUGUGUUUGCCUGCAUUGGUGGCCGCUGCUGUGCCUUGGCAUAUCAUCACAGGGUGCGCGGCUGGGUGGAGCACGAAUCUGAGUGGCCUUGUCCUGGGGCUGGCACGCUCUUGGGUCGGCUGAAAGAUCUCGUAGCAACGGAGCUCAAAGUUGUGCAUAUCCGCCUAUUCUUGCACUUUCAUGUCGAGAUUGAGUUGGAGUGGCCCACUGCCUUUCGACCGCUUUGGAGCGGGGAGAUGCAUGUAGUGGUCGAGUGGAGCCGGCUUCCUGCCAGCUGGCUGUAUUUGAUGCCGGAGGCCUUUGCGCGAGAUGCCGACCUCUUCGUGGAGGAUGAAACCGAUGCCUUCAGGGAUGCGCUGCGAAGCGGGAAGCUGUCGACGGUGCAGGGGAUGCUGGGAGGCGUGUCGGAGGAGGAUGCGGCCUCCUGGUGUUGUGAGGCCUUGGACACAUCUGGCCGCACGGCGCUGCACCAUGUCCUCGUCGGGCCCGACCACGAGCGGACUUUGCUGCUGGCGCGGCUCCUCUGCCGGCAGAGGGCGGACCCCAAUGCCUCUGAUGAGAAUGGCAUCAGCCCACUCCACUUGGCGGCUCAGCGUGGGUCAAAGCACGUGAUCCGGUCUUUGCUUUGCGCCCGGGCCGACAACCAGCAACGCACCAUGGAUGGAAGGUCCACCGUGGAUUUUGCGCAGUUGAACCCGUCCCCAGUGGAGGCCUUUGAGGUGGUUGGAUGGCCCGGAAAAGGCCCCGAGCUUCAUCCACUGGAGCCCAAGACGUCGAAGUCGAAGUCGCAGGCAGACAGCAAGCCGGUCACAGCAGACGUUGCCAAGGCGGACGCGGAUCCUUCAGAUGCGAUUGCUGGCAGUGAGGCGGCCGCCACCUCGCUGUUCUGGCCCCUGUUUGCUUCGGCGCUCUGGUUUUGCUUCCUCGCGCUCGUGUCCGUUUGGGUUAUCCGGCUGGUGUGA